CAGGUUUUCGUUUUGGCAAGAAGAGGUACUCAUAGUUCAGUGUGACAUUUAAUCUACUGUAAUGAUAGUGUGGGAAAAUGGUCAACUGUUUUAGCUAGUCACGUUCGUCUCGCCAUUCUUCUUGCUUCAAGUUCAAGUAAAAAGCAUUUUACUAGAACACUUCUCAAAGUGUCCAAGAUGCAGAGCAGGAUUCGGAUUAUUCUUUGUGGUUUAACCCUUUGUGGCUUAACCUUUGCCACCAAUGUUAUUGGAGAUUUAGAAGAUCAAAGAACUCUUUAUAGCGAUCCAAAUUUUAUCCUUUAUCUGAAGGAAGUACUCGAAAACCUAAGAAAAAUCAUGCCGAUUGGCGUCCCUGGAGCUCAAAUCCCGGUUUUAGAUCCAUUCGAGAUUCCGGACAAUAUCAAUAUUUAUGUUCAAGAAGGAGUAGCUGAUUUUCAAUUAAACUUCGAAAAGAAAUUUAAAAUUGAAGGGCUGUCUAAAUUUGUACUCCAAAAAUUAGAUGCCGAUCUGGCGAAACUGUACACUGAAGGAGAAGUUGUGCUACCAAAGCUAACUGCCACGGGUCGCUAUCGACUAGAUGGGAAGGUUCUAGUGUUCCCACUAUAUGGUAAUGGUGAUUUUCGAAUUGAAGUAGACAAUGCCAUAGCUUUUGGCCGAUUCCAGGUGAAAAAUGUUAACAACAGACUGAAAGUAGAACAGCUAAGUUUGAAUGCUAACGCUGACAAAAUUCAAGUGCAAUUAGACAAUUUGUUGGACCCGAAAUUAUCUCCAGUCCUCAACCAGAUCAUCAAUGACCUGGGAAAAACUGUCUUUGAUAAAUUCCAACCAGUAGUGAUGGAUCUUUUGAGUAAGAUCCUUCCACCCCUUAUUGACAAGGAGAUUGGUAAAUUCACUGUGGAUGAAAUUAUUUCGGGAAAAUUUAUUCCUUAAACGUACACAUUGGACAUGUAAUAAUUACAGAGUAUACGAAAACACAGAAAUAAAUGAUAGCUGAGAUUCCCGUUCAAAGUAAA